AUGUCGGCCAAGGUCAAGAAGGUCGCCAGAGAAGAGGCCGAGCGAGUGCGGUCGCUGGCUUCCCAAGCCGUAAGCUCGGGCACCUAUGUCUACCCUCUCAAAGGCUUCCUCUACUUCCUCUCCCACCGCAGCCUCUGGAAGCCCAUGAAAUCAAAGCUCGCUCCAGUCAUCUCCACCGGCAUCGGCGUCACCACCUUCAUGUUCGUCUUUACCUACCUGCCGCAGGCCGCCAUCCUUGCUAUAUUCAACGGCCCGCUGGCUGCCUUGACGACCAUCCUGCUCGUGCUCAGCGAGAGCUCGACCAUAUCGAAUCUGCUUAGCCGUACCUUCUUCAUCGAUGACGCCCUUAUCGACACCUUUGAUGGCACUCUGGUAUCACGAGGAAUGACGUCCCUUGUCUCCGAAGGGCGUCAAAUCAGGCCCGGCUCUGACCCCAUUGGCAAGCUAGGCAAGCUCUUGAAGAAGCCAUUUGCGCGGUUCUCUCCGGAUGCCAUCAUCCGUUACCUCAUUUAUCUUCCCCUCAAUUUCAUUCCCGUCGUCGGAACAGUCAUGUUCAUCAUUCUCCAAGGUCGCAAGGCUGGCCCAGCUGCACAUGCUCGGUAUUUCCAACUCAAAGGAAUGAAAUCUCGUCAGAAGGAGGACUUCAUCGAGCAGAGGAAAGCUGCCUAUACAAGCUUCGGAGUUCCUGUUGUUCUACUAGAGUUGAUCCCUGUUGCUGGGCUGUUUUUCUCUUUCACCAAUGCCGUCGGCGCCGCUCUUUGGGCUGCUGAUAUGGAGCAAAGCAACACCACGGCUCCAAACCUCAGAGAUCAAGCGGCCAAGGCGGAGUGA